CUCCCCCAAAACCUCACCAUUUCACUCCCAUUCUUCUUCAUACUCCUCAAUUCUUUAGGGUUACACUUAUACCACCCCUAGAUUCUCUUAAAACUCUAUCACAAUGGCUUCAUCAACAGCCCAGAUUCACGCUCUCGGAGGCACUCCCUUUGCCUCUACUCAAAAUUCACCCAAAACCGUCUUCUUCGGCAAAGGAUUAACCAAAUCCGUUUCGUUUUCGCACCAGAAAUCAUUUGUCAAGCUCAAGAAGACAAGAAGAAAUGGUCCGCUUAGAGUUGUGGCUGAGAAGGUUGUUGGAAUCGAUCUGGGAACCACAAACUCCGCCGUUGGUGCCAUGGAAGGUGGGAAGCCUGUUAUUGUGACUAACGCCGAAGGACAGAGGACUACUCCGUCGGUGGUGGCGUACACGAAGAACGGAGAUAGGUUGGUGGGACAGAUUGCGAAGAGGCAAGCUGUUGUCAACCCUGAGAAUACGUUCUUUUCGGUGAAGAGAUUUAUUGGGAGGAAGAUGUCGGAGGUGGAUGAGGAGUCCAAACAGGUUUCCUACACGGUGGUGCGCGAUGAGAAUGGAAAUGUUAAACUCGAUUGCCCUGCUAUUGGGAAACAGUUUGCUGCUGAAGAAAUCUCAGCACAGGUUUUGAGAAAGCUUGUGGACGAUGCUUCAAAGUUUCUGAACGAUAAGGUCACCAAGGCUGUUGUCACUGUUCCUGCUUACUUCAAUGAUUCUCAAAGAACAGCAACCAAGGAUGCUGGUCGUAUUGCUGGUCUUGAAGUCCUGCGUAUUAUCAAUGAACCUACAGCUGCUUCACUAGCUUAUGGUUUUGAAAGGAAGAACAAUGAAACCAUAUUGGUGUUUGACCUUGGAGGUGGUACUUUUGAUGUUUCAGUUCUUGAGGUUGGUGAUGGAGUCUUUGAGGUGUUGUCUACUUCUGGAGACACCCAUCUCGGUGGUGACGAUUUUGACAAGAGAAUUGUGGAUUGGCUUGCUGCUAGUUUCAAGAAAGAUGAAGGCAUUGAUCUCCUGAAAGAUAAACAAGCUCUGCAACGGUUGACUGAGACAGCUGAAAAGGCUAAAAUGGAACUAUCAACUUUGACACAAGCAAAUAUUAGCCUGCCAUUCAUUACAGCCACUGCUGAUGGCCCUAAACACAUUGAUACUACCCUUACAAGGGCAAAGUUCGAGGAACUAUGCUCAGACCUACUUGAUAGGCUUAAAAGACCAGUUGAAAAUUCUCUAAGGGAUGCAAAGUUAUCUUUUAAAGAUAUAGAUGAGGUGAUCCUUGUUGGUGGCUCAACACGUAUUCCAGCUGUUAUAGAAGUUGUUAAGAGCUUAACCGGAAAGGAACCAAAUGUUACUGUCAAUCCAGAUGAAGUUGUUGCCUUGGGUGCUGCAGUUCAGGCUGGUGUUUUGGCGGGUGAUGUAAGCGACAUUGUUCUUCUAGACGUAACACCAUUAUCGAUUGGUCUAGAAACUUUGGGAGGUGUGAUGACAAAAAUCAUCCCAAGAAACACAACCUUGCCAACAUCAAAAUCUGAGGUUUUCUCCACAGCCGCCGAUGGCCAAACAAGUGUGGAAAUCAACGUCCUUCAAGGUGAACGUGAGUUUGUUAGAGACAACAAGUCUCUCGGAAGCUUCCGUCUAGAUGGAAUCCCACCGGCCCCACGUGGGGUCCCACAAAUCGAGGUUAAAUUCGACAUUGAUGCAAAUGGUAUCCUUUCUGUAACUGCCAUUGACAAAGGUACAGGAAAGAAACAAGAUAUUACAAUUACUGGUGCUAGCACAUUGCCUAGUGAUGAGGUACAAAGAAUGGUUAGUGAAGCGGAAAAGUUUGCAAAAGAAGACAAAGAGAAAAGAGAUGCGAUUGACACAAAGAACCAAGCGGAUUCAGUUGUGUACCAGACAGAAAAGCAGUUGAAGGAGCUUGGAGAGAAGGUUCCAGUAGCUGUGAAAGAGAAGGUGGAGGCCAAACUUGGGGAGUUGAAGGAGGCUAUUUCUGGCGGAUCAACACAGACCAUUAAAGACGCCAUGGCAGCACUUAACCAGGAGGUGAUGCAGCUGGGACAGUCGCUGUACAACCAGCCCGGUGGUGGUGGUGCACCAGGGGCUGGGGCGGCACCUGGUGGGGAGGCGUCUGAACCAUCAUCAUCGUCGUCGUCGAGUAAGGGACCUGAAGGAGAUGUGAUUGACGCAGAUUUUACUGAUAGCAAAUGAUGAUUUUUUGGGUUGAUAUUUUUUUGUUUUGUUUCAAUGGUGGAAAAAGUAUAAUAGGAUGGAUGGUGGUGGUACUAUCACUAUCAUAUCAUAUGUAGGUAGAAUUGAGAAAAAGUGGUUAGAUGCCCCUUUUGGCUUUGGGAUACGAUGCCAUGGAUUUUGUCUAUUAUAUCAUUGUUUUACUUUUUAUAUUUUUAAACUCAAUUUUUGUUGGUUGAGAA